CCAACGCGAACACGAAAUGGGUGUUUAACCCACCUGGAUCACCUCACAUGGGUGGCGCCUGGGAGCGUCUAGUGCGGUCGGUGAAAACCGCUCUUGCUGCAAUGGAGUCUUCUCGAACGCCGAACGAAGAAACGCUGGCAACGUUGCUAGUGGAAACUGAGAGUGUGGUCAAUUCGAGACCGCUAACAUAUAUUCCUCUGGAGACGGCGCAACAGGAGGCUCUAACACCGAACCACUUUCUUCUAAUGAGCUCGAGCGGCGUAACGCAGACUCCGAAGACGCUUACGGAUCCAAGACAAGCCUGCAGGAACGACUGGAAUCUAUGCCGUACAAUGGUAGAUCAGUUUUGGCGCCGGUGGGUGCGGGAAUAUCUUCCUACCAUCACACGUCGUACCAAGUGGUUUGAGGAGACGAAACCGAUCGAUGUAGGAGAUUUGGUGAUCAUCGUGGAGGAGAAGAUACGCAACGGAUGGAUUCGAGGACGUGUAGCCAAGGUCGUGGUGGGCCGAGAUGGGCGAGUUCGCGAUGCCGUGGUGCAGACUCCCGACGGAAUGGUGCAUCGACCUGUAGCAAAGCUGGCGCGGAUCGACAUAGAAAAGGUGGGGCUUCAGCCGGGAACAGCAGAAGGUAAAGCUGAACCGGAGAUAUCUAACCAGCCUUACGGGUCGGGGAGUGUUACGGUAUGUCCCGCUGACCCCUUCCAACUCCACGGUGGACCACCUGUCGGUGGACAAUUUUGAUGUAGUGAGGAUCAUUUGAAAUGGAAGGAUAGGAAAAGGGAAGAAGGACCGUUUGAAAUGGAAGGAUAGAAAAAGGAAAAAAAAGGAUCGUUUGAAAUGGUAGGAUAGAAAAACAUAGACGUCACGUAGAGAUGAGAGAAAGGUAUAAGAAAAAAGAAUAGAUAGAAAUUGUUGGAAGUUUAAGUAAAUAGAACGUUGAAUUCGUGAAGAUAUAAGCAAACAUUUAUUUCCGUAAGUAGAUCCUAUGGCAGCACGAAUUUACAUGAGUACAAUUUCUGAAUUAAAACCUAAACAGGUGCCGGAAGGCCAAGAAACGCACUCAACCGUUCGAAUUGUGCACGAUUGAGGUUAGGUGAUACGUGACUUGCGUAUUGCCCUGUAAUCUAGCCGUAAUUGUUGGGAAUUAACGAGAUACAAUAAUUGACCGAUCUUUUAGCUGAUACCGUUUGGAAUACAUUCCUUAGGGUGUUGCUGAAAAGCCUCUUAUUUAAUCCACCCA